AUGCUCAAGUUGGUGCUGUUCGUGGUGCUCGUGGCUGCAGCCGCAGCCGACGAAUUCGAAGAAACCGGCGGCAAACAGACAACCGUCGUGAGACAGAUUCCUAGUGAACCCUCCAUCCCGAAACCUCCGAUGUAUCCAGGUUCUGCUCAAGGGACCCAGCAGGUUUUCAGACCCUACGGUGCAGGGUACAAUUCAAUUUCAUCAUUCCUCUCACGGCCCAACAUUCAGCCAGCAGUACCUGCUCCUUCACGGUGGCCUGCGGGAGUUUUGGAACAAAAAUUUCCUGACCAAAACGACGUUUCGGAUAUUUUGGGUACCCUUGCAAGCAUUCCUUUUGGAUUCCGUCUUCCAGAAUAUCACACCGAGAGCAGUUAUUACAAACCUAGGCCUCAAUAUCCGUUCCAUCAAUUCGACUCGGCACCUCAACAGUCUUAUUGUCCUCCUGCAGCUCCAGUGGGGUUAUCCUUGAAGCAGCAACAGGAUUUGCUCAAUCUUCUCACUUAUUUGUUAAGUAAUCAAAACUCUAAACUCCCAUUUUAACAUAAAAAAUAUCUCUUGCUGACGACUUGUGCUUAUUCUAACGGCUAAAAUGUUUUAGUUUCAUUAAUAAUGGUACAAACAAUAUUUCGCAUUUGGCUUUUUCAAGAAUGUAAUUUGUGUUUCCCUAAACAUGUUUGUUUCAAGAAAUAAAAUUGUGCA